AUGCCUAAUAUUUGUUGUAGUUGUAAGGAGCCAUCGUCGCCAUUAUAUACAGACUGUAUUGUUACACACUCCUUUAUGGUAGUAGGGAUGAGAUUUCGCGGUGGUCAUAAGUUUAAGAAAUCAGAUACCAUCACUCUUGAACCGGAGCCUUCUAAUACGUAUGAUAAGAAUGCGAUAAAAAUUAUGGUAGAUGGUACCCAUAAAGCCUAUGUGGCAAAGGACGAGAAUGUAAGUAUAGGAGAUUUGAUGAAAAAAUACCCGAAUUAUCGGAUUACUGCUCAUGGGAAAAAGAACUAUAAUAAAUCAGCAUCUUUAAACCUUGAAUAUCCUUGGAUGGUUUGUGAGAGAUGUCGCGAUACGCUACAAGCAUCAAGGGACUAUGACUAUAGUUAUUGGUGA